AACCCCUUGGUGGCCGUCUACUACACCAACCGAGCCCUGUGCUACCUGAAGAUGCAGCAGCACGACAAGGCGCUGGCGGACUGCAAGCGAGCCCUGGAGCUGGACGGCCAGUCGGUGAAGGCUCACUUCUUCCUGGGCCAGUGCCAGAUGGAGAUGGAGAACUACGACGAGGCCAUCGCCAACCUGCAGAGAGCCUACAACCUCGCCAAGGAACAGCGGCUGAAUUUCGGGGACGACAUCCCCAGCGCGCUGCGCAUCGCCAAGAAGAAGCGCUGGAACAGCAUCGAGGAGAAGCGGAUCAACCAGGAGAACGAGCUGCACUCCUACCUGACCAAGCUGAUCAUGGCGGAGAAGGAGAGGUAACGCAGGGCGACGGCGGCUCCUCGUAGCCCCCGGACACCGCGGUCCUCUCGUCCUCAAGGCCUUCUCUUUCAGGACAAGUACCUGGCGGACAUGGACGAACUCUUCUCUCAAGUGGAUGAGAAGAGGAAGAAGCGGGACAUCCCCGACUACCUGUGCGGGAAGAUCAGUUUUGAGCUGAUGCGAGAGCCCUGCAUCACACCCAGUGGGAUCACCUACGACAGGAAGGACAUCGAGGAACAUCUCCAGCGCGUGGGUCAUUUCGAUCCGGUGACGCGGAGUCCCCUGACGCAGGACCAGCUGAUCCCCAACCUUGCCAUGAAGGAGGUGAUAGACGCCUUCAUCUCGGAGAACGGCUGGGUGGAGGAUGACUGA